UCAUCCUAGAGGUUUCAGCUCUGACUCUGCCUCCUCCUGGAAGCCUUCCUGAGAGCCCCCCAGGCAGGCCAGGUGCCUCUCCCAUCAGCUCUGCUCCGACUUCCCUGUGAGUUUCCUCGCUCUAUGUGUCUGUCUCGCCCCUAGACUGGGAGCCCCGUGAGGGUAAGGCCUGGGUCUGACUCAGCUCUGAGUCAGCAGCCACUGCCUGUGCCAUCCAUGGGUUGCAGCAGAUCAGCGUCCAGCCACGGCCCUAAAGCCCCGGAACACAGCCUCGUCAGGGGUGCUCGGUCUGGAAGAUUCUGCCCCAGGUGCACAGCCCUUCACAGUUUGGGAAACCCUCUCAUACUCCUCCUCAGGUUUCCCAGCACAGGACAUCCCUGCCAGGCCGGCGUGAUGGAGAAUGAUUGCUGAGGGAGAAUGCCUGCUUCUCAGAAGGAGAAACUGAGGCUCUGACCAGGGCCAACAUUCCUGAGGUCACCUGGCCCAAACCAAGAAUAAGAGAAAGAGAGAGCAGGCAGCACUGUGCCUAACACACAGAGGGGGCUCAACUGAAACGGGCGGAGGCGUUCUGAUCCCCUGGCGGCUGCUGAGCUGGGAGAGCUGUGAGGAGGGCCGGCCCUCGGCAGCCCCUCCCUGCGCUGUGGCCCCAAGUGCCUGAUUGAGAGCUGGGUCUAUGGAGGUGGCGAAAUGGCCAAGAUGAGGGGACAGCAGGAGUCUGAGGGCUGAGAUCUUAUGGAGGAUUCAUCGACGCUGGCAGUGGGUCAGGGUACCAGCUCCAUGGGGUCUGGGAUUUCCCCCUAUUUUGUUGACUGCUGUGUCCUCAGUUCCAUAAAUAUUGCCUCUCACAUAAUGAGUGAAGGCACAAGCUCCAAGGAAAGGCCGUGCUGUGGGAAGGAAGCUUGUCUCAGAAAGAUGCUGCACUCCAAAGAUGCUGCCCUUUGCAAAGUGUCCUGGAAUGUCCAAUGAGCUUCCAUUUUCUCAUCUGUAAAAUGGGGCAGUGCCUUCCUUGCUGGGUCAUCAUCAUGAGGAUGAAAUGAGAUCAGGCUUAUGAAGCAAUGAGUCCAGCGCCUGGCAAGCGGCAGACGCUCUUGAACACUGGCAGCAACCCUCAUUAUUGUGGUUAUUAGUCUCUCACCCUGACUCCAGGCUUGACGUCAUGGGCUGCUGUCUGGCGGUCAAGGGAGGAGAACCCAAGGAGAGUCUGGUCUCAGCACAAACCAUGUGGUCACCGCUGGCUCCUUGGGCCUCCUCACCUGCCCCACCGACUUUGCUGGUGCCCACAUGGUGUGCCCUCCAUGGCUGGCCGUCCAUCUCCCACCCCACAAGACUUUACAGGACCCCCGGGCAGUGGAUGAGUGAGGGCAACAUUAGUAAGCCCAAGAGACAGAAUGCACCAAACACCAUAGAGGUUUAUUUCUCACUCACCCAAAGUCCACCAUGGGUGCUCCCAAUGAGUGAGCGGCUCUCACCAGCAAUGAUUCCAGGACCCAAGCUCCUUCCAUCUCGUGAGCCACCAUUUCCACCACGAGGUCUCCAGGCCUGCGUGCAUCAAUCCCACGGAAGGGGAAGGCGUGUGGUGGAGCGGAACUCAGUGACACGCCCACUGCUACCUGCAAAGGAGGCUGGGGAAUAUGGCCUCGCCACCUGCCUGGGUUUGCUUACCGCCGGGUGGUUCCUGCCUCUGGUGGGAGCAGAUUUUCUACCUGGGAUUCUAGGAUUGUUGAGGAAGGCUUUGCAGAGAAAGCACCCUGGCUGUUGCUGCUGGCACAGGGCCACUGGGGCCAGCCACUGUCUCUCAUGCCGUCCUCCACAGGAUGGCCAUUCUGUCCCCCAUCCUGGAGAUGCAGGCGCUUUGAGGCGAGGCCCAGAGCCUGACUGGCUCAGAAGUCUUACAGGGAAAGCGGAGAGGACUGAGGAGGGAAAGGACUGUCUUCCUCUGCUUUCAGGGUCGCAAGGAUUGCGAUGUGAUAGGAUGAACUCAGGAAGGUCAGAGCCUGGUCCUGUACACGCUUUACGGCUUGUCCUUUACUCCCAGGAAGAUGCCCUAUCUGGACAGUUCCCCUGCGUUAUCCUCCCUCCACCUCCCCAAUAAAACAUCUGCAGGGUAAACGAGCUGUUAUCUCCCUCAUUGUCCCAGGAAAUGAUGGACGGAAACUCAGACCAAGAACAAGGAGUCUGUUGUCUCCCUGGAUCCUGGGGUGUAGGGAGAGCAGCCACCAUUUCCCACCUCUGCUGACAGCGCCCCCCUCGCCUACAGGGGAGCCAUUGCUGCCCACUCUCAGCCUGUGUGGUGAAGGUGGCCUCCAGGGUGGUUAGCUGGCGUAUCCCAUCCCUGCGGCCACCACGGUUGGUCCAGCAGUAGGAACAGGACCCCAUUGGAGCUAAUGUGAUGCCUUCCCAGAGAUUUUAUGGGGACUUGACAGAGAGGUGCAGCAGUCAGGAAUGCUUUCUGCUGCAAGUAACAGGGAAUUUAAUGCAGUGGCUUAAACAAUAGAGGGCUUAUUUUUCUCUUUAGGAAGAAGUCUGAAGGUAGGAAUUCAGCUGAUCAACAAUGUCAGAGCUAAUGUCAUGAUAAUUUUUUUGGCCUUUCCCUCGAGGUUGCAAGAUGGUCCAUGCUCCAAGCAUCAGGCUUGUUUUCAUUGACCUGAAGCAAACAGACAGCUAGAUAUUUCUCCCGCAAAGAUGGGUUUAUUCAGAAUCGGCAGAGAAUUGCAAUUUGGGGUCGGCAACCACGGUGAGCCACAUGCAGCUCCCUGCACGACAAGGAAAGGAAGACACUUUUAUAGAGAGGAGAAGGAAUUGAGAGGGCUGUAGUAAACAAAAUGUCCGUGGUUUUUCAUUGGCUGAGUCCUUGCCAGGAGAGAAGAGGAGUCUUUCUUCUUCCUGUUGCUCUGCUACCAUCACAGGCUGUGAGGGCUCCCCGUUCUUGUCUCUCGACUCCCUUUAAUCGAGGUUUCUGUUAAUUAAUUUUUUUAUAUGUACAACGCAAGACAAAGUGAGGAAAGGCAGCUCCAGCCACUGCUGCCCUUGUUAUUAGAGUAGCAAAAACUCUCUUCCUGCCAGCCGGCUUUGGCUUAUGUCAUAUUGACCAGCAGUAUGUCAUGUGUCCCCACAGCUGUAGAAAAGGCUGAACAGGGGGAUAUUUGGCUACACAGCCUCUGUAGUGGAAGGAAGUCGAUGGGAAUGGGCACUUGAUUAGCCAAGCCCAAGGACUGCGAUUAGACAUUCUUCUUCCCUCAACACUUGGUUCUUUGGGGAGGGGAGGAAGGAAUGGGAGGGCUGCCAUUGCAGGCAGCCACCUUGCUACUAUGACAUGAGAGGCCAUCUGAGAAUGGAGCCAAUUUUGAUGGUGUUGUUUGAGACCUUAGAUCCAGCCAUGCCUGAAGGCUACCCCUCAUGGAUAUAUUUAUUAC